UUCUCUGGGCAUUCUUGUUUCAGUGAUGUUCCUGAUACUUUCCAGGACUUAUCUUUGGGAUUGGUCUCUGUGUAACACAAGUCAAGUUUGAAGGCUAACCUCUUCGAUACUCUACUCUCCAUUUCUGGCUCCAAAGACUGCCUCUUCCCAUGCAGCAGAACUGAUAAAGAAUCUCCAGAAUCAAUGUAAUUGCUGAAUUCUGAGUUAUCAGCUGUGAAAAUAAAGUCUUGUGAAUUGCCUUACAUCUGCUUCAGAAAGAGGUUACAGCUAUCAUGUUCCUGUUUCAUUUGGAUGAACCCAACUGGUUUUUCAGAAUGGCUGCGGUUAUUGCCUUUCCUGGGCGUGCUGGCCUUGCUUGGUUACCUCGCUGUUCGUCCGUUCCUCCCCAAGAAGAAACAGCAAAAGGAUAGCUUGAUUAACCUCAAGAUCCAGAAGGAAAAUCCAAAAGUAGUGAAUGAAAUAAACAUUGAAGAUCUGUGCCUCACUAAAGCGUACUGCAGGUGUUGGCGUUCUAAGACGUUCCCUGUCUGUGAUGGUUCCCACAACAAGCACAAUGAAUUAACAGGAGAUAACAUAGGUCCACUAAUACUCAAGAAGAAAGAAGUAUAGCAGAUGCUUAAUCCACUAGAUCAUGACUGAUAAAAAGUCUUUUUAUACUGUUGUAGUUGCAAGGGACAGCAUUUUAUUAUGUGAUUGGUAUGAUGUAGUCUAAUGAUUGUUGUAGAUUUCUUUUUGGAAUAAACUGCAUUUAGACAGUGCUAAAUCUGUCACUGUUUUGAUACUUCUAAGAAGAGUUAUGUCUGCUUUGUAAAACUAAAGUAACUAGCUCUGUAAAUAAGUCGUUUAUUUCAAUAAUAAAAUGACUUCCUACAAUGAA